GUACAAUCCUUAUUUUAUUGUAAUGUCCGUGAGUGCUCAAGACGAAAAGGUGGAAUCCUUAGACAAGCAAUUCUCCAGUUCCGAGACUGAUCUCCAAGCUGCUACCAACCCUAGCGUUGAGGAUGAAGGCAGAACUCCAACUGAAGAUGAAAUGAAGACUUUGAGACAUGUCUCUGAAUCUAUUCCUAUUUCUUGUUGGUUAGUUGCAAUUGUCGAAUUGGCAGAAAGAUUCUCCUACUAUGGUUUAUCUGCUCCAUUCCAAAACUAUAUGCAAAAUACCCCUCAAGAUUCACCAAAGGGUGUCUUGGGUUUGAACCAACAAGGUGCUACAGCCUUAUCUUACUUCUUCCAAUUUUGGUGUUACGUUACCCCAAUUUUGGGUGGUUGGAUUGCUGAUACUUACUGGGGAAAGUACAAGACUAUCUUUGUUUUCUGUGUUAUCUACAUCGUCGGUAUUUUCAUUCUUUUCAUCACUUCUCUUCCUUCAAUUACUAGCCGUACUACUGCUCUUGGUGGUUACGUGGCUGCUAUCAUCAUUAUCGGUCUUGCUACCGGUGGUGUCAAGUCAAACGUCUCUCCUUUGAUCGCCGAUCAAAUUCCAAAAACUCACCCUGUUAUUAAGGUAUUGAAGUCUGGUGAAAGAGUCAUUCAAGACCCUAAUAUUACCAUUCAAAAUGUUUUCAUGUUCUUCUAUCUUAUGAUUAACAUUGGUUCCAUGUCUGUCAUUGCUACCACUCAAUUAGAAGCUCACGUUGGUUUCUGGGCUGCUUACUUAUUGCCAUUUUGUUUCUUCUUUAUUGCCCUUCUUGCCCUUGUUCUCGGCAGAAACCAAUAUGUCAAGGUUCCAGUUGGUGACAAAGUGAUCAACAAAACCUUCAAGUGUGCCUGGAUUGGUUUGAGAAACGGUUUCAACAUGGACGCUGCUAGACCAUCCAUGAACCCAGAAAAAGAAUUCCCAUGGAACGACCAUUUCGUUGAUGAAGUUGUCAGAUCUGUUUACGCUUGUAAGGUUUUUGUUUUCUACCCUAUCUACUGGGUUGUUUACGGUCAAAUGUUGAACAACUUCGUCUCCCAAGCAGGUCAAAUGGAAUUGCACGGUUUGCCUAACGAUAUCUUGCAAGCUAUCGAUUCGCUUGUCAUUAUUAUCUUCAUUCCUAUCUUUGAAAGACUUGUAUACCCAUUCAUCAGAAAAUUCACUCCUUUCAAGGCUAUCACUAAGAUUUUCUGGGGUUUCAUGUUUGGUGCUGGUGCCAUGGUAUACGCCGCCGUCUUGCAACACUACAUUUACAAGACCGGCCCAUGUUACGACCAUCCAAAGGCUUGUGCUCCACAAUACCUUAACGUUCCAAACCGUGUUCACGUUGCCAUUCAAGCUCCAGCUUACUUCUUGAUUGCUAUUUCUGAGAUUUUGGCUUCUAUUACUGGUUUGGAAUAUGCCUACACAAAGGCUCCAGUUUCCAUGAAGUCGUUCAUUAUGUCCCUUUUCUUGUUGAUGAAUGCUUUCGGAUCUGCUCUUGGUAUUGCUUUGUCAUCCACUUCUGAGGACCCCAAGAUGGUCUGGACCUACAGUGGAUUGGCAGUUUCUUGUUUCAUUGCCGGUAUUGCUUUCUGGUUGUGUUUCAAGCACUACAACUACAAGGAAGACGAAUUGAACGCUUUAGAAUACGAUGACGAAGAAGAAAGAAACAUUGUGCCUGUUACUUCAUUGUCACACUCCGUCAAGAGUCUUGCAUAAGGAAAUUUGACAUUUCUUUCUACUUUACGACUAUGCAAAUCCGAGAGGACUACGCAAUCGAGCGUUUUCAUUGUAUUUAUAAGGACAGGCUUUCUUCAUUCAUAACAUUUCAUUCAUAAAACUUCUAUAGAAUGUCCUCACAUCUCUGUAUAAUAAUUAAUAAAAUCAAGCAUAA